AUGCGAUGCGGCAAUAUUAUGGAGGAUUGUGGAGUUGUGAUUCACUCAAGCGACACUUAUUCUACUCCCAUGAAUCUAAUUUAUGGUGGGACAAUAAAAAAGAGUUUGGGGCAAGGGAAGAAGAAGAAAACUCAGCAGCCACAACAGCCACAAGUUGAAAUCGAGAAUGAAGUUGAAGUUGAAGUUGAGCAUGAAGAUGAAGCCCAAGCCCAAGAUGUCCCAAAUUCUUCCACAACUAGUCUUCCUCCUGAUCUUCCUCCAUUGACUGUAUAUGGAAUGUUGCUGGUACGAUUGGGCAGAAAGAUGGAGGAAUUUGAAAAGACUCAAAAUGAAAUAAAGGAGUCUCUAAAGGGGAUCGAUAGUAGGUUGGAUAUAAUUGAGUCUUUUUUAAUGAAAAACAAAGAAAUAUCUAGGAAGUGA